AUGAGUUUCAUUGCUCCUAGAUUAAAUUGCCAAAAUCAUUAAAAAUGCUCAAUUAGUCUAAUAAAUUUAACAACAGGGCUUCCUGAAGAGAAAAGAUUAUAUUGUCAUCGAUGUAAUUUGUAACUACAAUAAAAUUUGCAUAGUAUUGAAGGUAUAUUUGAAUUUGCAGUCUCUGUUUAAUAAUCAUAAAAUGAAUAAAAUGGAAUAUUGAAAUAAGAUAAGGAAUUAUUUGCUUUUGUUAAGAAUCAAUUAAAUUAGAUAUAAGCAUAUUAUAAUUAAUUAGAAUUAGAGCAUUAAUAAUUAUAUGAAUUAAUUAUACAAAAUUAAGCCAUAAAAGCUAAUGAUUCUAUAGAAGUUUGUUUACAAAAAAAAUAAUAAUGUGAUAAAAAAGAAUUGAUUAAGAUGGCAGAAUAAGUCAGUUAUUUAAUAAAAUAAAAUAGUGAAGAAUUAGUAUUAUAAGAAAAUAAUUCUAUUUAAUAUUUUAGUAAACUUGAGCAAUUAAGAGGGAAAAUAAAUAAAUUAUAAGAUUAAUUAAAGUUAGUCAACAUUGAUUAAGUAUAAUAAGAUUUAAAAAAUACAUAAAUAAUUUAUCCAAAAUUUGAUAAUUUGUUAUAAAUUAAAGAACAAUAAAUAGUAGAAGGAGAUCGAUUUAUGAAAAUAGCUGAGGCUUAAUUAGAAUAAUCAAAAAUUUAUGAUAUAAAAUUUAAUAAAGAAAAUAAUCUAUUUGUUGUAGGUAGUUCAAAAUUAAAGAAUAAUAAUUGUUAUGUUUAGAUUUGGAAAUAUGAGAAUAAUUAAAUCUCAAAAAUAUAAGAUUUAGAAAAUUGUCAUUCUGGUGAUGUAAAAUCUAUUUGUUUUUCAACUUGGGAUGAUUCUUUCUUUACAGGAAGUCAAGAUAAUACUAUAAUAUAUUGGAAAUUGGAACCAUAAGAAUGGAAAAAAUCUUAAGUAUUAGAUGGUUAAUCUAGUGGUAUCAUAGGUUUAUAAUUGAAUAAUAAAGGUAAUGUAUUAGCUGCUGUUUCUAAUUAAAUACAUUUAUGGAAAAGAGAAUUUUAUAAAUGGGAAAAGGCUUAAGUUUUAAAUUAAAGUAAAAAGUAAUUUUUAUGUGUGAGUUUUAAUAAUGAUGAUUCUUAUUUAGCAGCAGGUAGCUCAGAUUGUUAAAUAUAUGUAUAUUAAUAUUAAAAUAGUUAAUGGAAAUUAAAAAAUACAAUAAUAGAUCAAUCAUAAGAGGUUAAUUUUAUUACUUUUAUAUAAGAUUUAAAUUUGAUUGCAAUUUUAAAAGAUAAUAAUAUGAAUUCAUAUAUAUAUUCACCUAAUGAUAGUUAUGAUGAAAAAUGUGUGUCAAUACUUACCUCAUUUUAAGUAGGUUAUAGUAAAAAAGGGAAAGUUUUAGCAGUUUCAUCAGGUAGAUCAAAGGAAACAACAAUUUAUUAAAUAGAAUAGAAAGAGGGAAUUAAAAAAAUAUAAUAGAUUUAAGUAAAAAGUGAUUAAGUAUAUUCAUCAAAUGAUGGAAAAGUAAUAGCACUUAUUGCAAAUUAGAAAUUGGAAUUUUAUUCUGAUAAAAAUAUCUAAUAUUGA